CGCUUUGCUCUUCUCAGGGUUUCUUACCUCCUCUUCUCGUCCAAAUUCACCAUGACCUUUCCCAAGCAGCUGCUGGGCAGGUGGCGCCUCGUGGAAAGUAAAGGAUUUGACGAGUACAUGAAGGAAUUGGGAGUGGGGAUGGCCCUGAGGAAAAUGGCCAGAAUGGCCAAACCAGAUGUUUAUAUCUCUGAAAAUGGGGGUGUAGUUACCAUUAAGACUGAGAGUACCAUAAAAACUACACAAUUCUCUUUUAAACUUGGUGAGAAAUUUGAUGAAACCACACCCGAUGGCAGGAAAACUCAGACUCUUUGUACCCUGGCAUGGGAUGGGAAGGAAAGCACAAUAACAAGAAAAGUAGAAGAUGGAAAGCUAUUGGUGGACUGUAUUAUGAACAAUGUGACUUGCCACAGGGUCUAUAAGAAGGCCGAGUAAAGAAACUCCAUCUUCAUAUGGGACAGGAAUUAGCUGUUAUGAAUGAACCAGCUCAGCUCAAUGAGCUAACUCUCCAACCAAACUUUCUUGCUUUUUUCUUCUUCUCUUCUGUACUGUGGUCUGUUAUCAGUGACUGACUACUUGCAAACAGUUUUAUUUCCAAGCUUUGAUGUAAUUAGGAUUGUUUUGGCUAGUAAAUAAAGAAUUUUGCUGUUAUU